CGCUUGCCUUUUACCAGUAACAUGUCAGCUAGCACCCCGAACUUCGAGAAGUUGGUUGUAUCUGUACAACGUGUAUUUCUAACUCGCCGAAGCAGCCCGAGAUUGAUGACAUCUCGAUCAAAACUUACGCAUGUGGCAUGCAGACUAGCUUACAAGCUACGUGACUUAUACUAGACAUCAGUGGGCCAAGCGACUCGUACCUGUCGGCUGCAGUCCCCAUUGCCAGAAUCUGACAUGCACGCACGAUGUCAAAGAUAGAGCCCUGACAUUCCAGUGUAGGCUCCGCUGCCCGAGUACAUCAGUAACACCCACUGAGCCACGGGAAAGAUAAGGCUCGUCAUUGGGGUUGCAGCAUUUGGUUUCAAGCUUGAUCCGUCUUGGACCCUGGUGACUUCUUCAAUAGACAAUUGAUAUUACUUCUUACGCAGUUCUUCCUUACGUGUGCCCCAAUUGUUCUUACCGACCGCUAAUUUACUCACCGAAACACCCUGGAGCCACGAUCUUCGCCGACUGUCCCGAUACCUUUUCGCCGAUCAAUUUCAUCCACGAUCGAUAAAGCUUCUUUGUGCAUAUUUUCACGCUCAUUAUUCGCCGGAGUUAGAGUUCAAAUCUUCAAGGACAAGGGUGCAUGUUCAGGAUCGCAUUUCUUUUUGUAUUUCUUCCUUCGUUAAAUCACCCGUGCGCGCCACCGAGCGGUCGAGUGGCCAAACCUUACCUUUUCGCAGCGCACCUGACGUGCUACCCUGAACACCCUGGAAAAUGAAACUCCGUUCUAUGGCCAGCCUGGGGCGGAAGAUGGACAAGUGGUACGCGCUUCCUUUUCUACGUCUCUAAGAGGCUCAAACCAUAUGGUCACCUCCGGGUAUAAAAAGUGGUCAUGUCUAGCAAGAGUAUGCUCAUUCUCUCCUCAAGCAUUUUAUCCCUACAAUCUCUCUAGAAUUAUGGCUGAUCCCCUUGCCUAUCCAGAGGGGAAUUUCACAUUGCCCAACGCCGACGUAGAUGAGGGACGUGAGCAGACAAGAUUGAGCGUUCUCACAAGUAUUGCGGCAUCCCAUAGGCACAAUCCUCGCAAUCUAGAAAGUAUGUCAUAUGGCCAUGCAAACCGGAUCGCCAUCAACCUUUGCAGAGGGUCUGCAACUCUGAAUGCACGCCCACAAUUCGAGGUAUGGGUGGAAAAGGAGGCAUUUUGGAGAGCUGACAAUACUGCAAAGGAUGACGAUGUUGGAAAGGAUCAAGACGAUGAGGCCCGCGAGCGCAGGAUACGUGCUCUGCAGCGCGCUGAGGCUACCUCACCCACUGUGGUAGCCAAGCGCAAGAAAUGGUACAGCGUGCGCCCAGACUUCGCUAUUACCGCGACACCGUAUGGCACCUUCACAGGGAAGUCACGAAAAGCGCUGCAAUCCUCAUAUAACCCUUCCGUUGGUCUUGACAGACAUGCUACAGUGCCGGUUCUAAUGGAGUGGAAGCGGAGAGCUAUCAGAAAGCAGGAGGACCUUGAUUCAUAUGUCAAUGAUGACGUAGAGCUCUUUCUGUCCGCUGCGCGUAUGCAGCUCAUGCGGGAUGCCUCACUUGCGCUCGUCCAAUACGAGAAUAAUCAAGAUAUCAUCCUCCUCAUAGUGGCUUCAGGAGAAUACUGGCAGUUCAGACUUCUUCCACAGAGCCAACGCCCGACUCCCCAAGAGGUUAUGGUCUUGAAUGGACAUAUUCGAGGCAAGGAAAAGCCGACGAAAAGAAACAUAGAGCUAGACAUCGAAUCAGAUGAUAGCUUCGACGAAGACGAGGCCGAUUUGUCGGGUGACUAUGAUCCCGUACAGGAAGUAGAUGUGGAGAGCCGCAGUGUGGUAUUCAAUGAGGAUGAUGUUGAGAAUGAGGAUGAGGAUGAUGGUGGUUCUUCCGGAAUAGCUAAUCGCGUGGAGGAAAUGAAACUGCGUCCUCGUCGGAGAAAGGCUUUUGAAAGCGAGGUCGCAGCUAUCCACGACAGGUCGGAUGAACGAGAUACAACGAUCAGGAGUGGUCGAGGCGAAUACAUUCUGAAGACAAGUCCGUUCGAAUCAUACGAUGAAAUCAAUGAACACUUCUGCGAUAGAUACAAAGAAUGGUCCGACAUAACAGAAUUCGGCACGAUCAGGUCAAACCAGCAAUUUUGGAGGAUUAGACAGUACCUUGAGCAUGCGGCCAACGACCCAAAGAACGGUUUGAAACUUCAGGAUUACGACGAUCUAGCCAAGAACGAGAUCUUUGUACUUGCGGACCCUGAUGCCAGCAACCUCGGAUCCGGUCCAUCGUCGCAACAAGGGUCAGCUGCGCAGUCGCCGGUUUUUCCUCAAAUGGAAUCGCCUCUUUCCAACCCCAGUACGCCACACCGACCUGCAGCUGCGUCAAUCAUUUCAAGUUCGUCUUUGGCCCAUACUCCACCUUCGCCCACAGUGGUCAGAACUCCGAAGAGGAACAAGACAGAACCACCUGCCAUGCAUUUUCCCAACGUCAGGUCGGGCAAGGAUGCUGAUGUUGAUGAGUAAGAUGAUGAGGAAGGCUUAGAAUUUACUAAAUCUGACGAAGAAUAAGACGGAAUCUCUCCAACGAACGUGCUAUUGAUCUAUACGGUUGAAAAGACAUGCAGCAAUAUAUGAUGUAUACGUACAGAAAUGACUUGAAAUGUAUUGUAACGAUGUAGCAAAUCAAAUAUGUUUGUACUGU